AUGGCGGAAACCGGCGCUGACGGAAACGGUUUUACCUCUCUCCACGGCGACUUGGACUUGACGAUAAUUGCGGCUCGCCGGUUACCUAACAUGGACGUCGUUUCGGAGCGUUUUCGCCGCUGUGUUACCGCUUGUGAUACUAUUAAAUACAAUUCAACUUCUGAUGCAGCAGAUGAGAUCACUCAUAAGGAGCACCGACAUCGGAGCAAGAUCAUUACGAGUGAUCCUUAUGUCACUGUUAUGGUGCCGCAAGCUACGGUUGCACGGACGCGAGUGCUUAAGAACUCGCCGAAUCCGGAGUGGAAGGAACGGUUUAACAUUCCGUUAGCACAUUCGGUUGUCGAUUUGGAGUUUCGUGUCAAAGACGAUGAUGUUUUUGGUUCUCAAACUAUGGGGACAGUUAAGAUUCCGGCGCAGAGAAUCGCCACCGGAGAGGCUAUUUCCGGUUGGUUUCCUAUUCUUGGGACCAACGGUAAACCGCCGAAACCGGACACUGCGCUUCAUUUGGAAAUGAAGUUCACGCCGGUGGACCAGAAUCCUCUAUACCUUCGCGGCAUUGCGGCUGAUCCCGAGCACAAAGGCGUGAGGCACACAUAUUUUCCGGUGAGGAAGGGGAGUUUGGUGAGGCUUUACCAAGACGCACAUUGUCCCCACGGAACUGUACCAGAGAUUAAGCUUGAUAACGGUAACAUUUAUAAAGCGGAGAAUUGUUGGGAAGAUAUAUGUUAUGCUAUAACAGAAGCUCAUCACAUGGUUUAUUUAGUGGGUUGGUCAAUUUACCAUAAAGUGAAGCUUGUUAGGGAACCUACUAGACCUCUGCCACGAGGUGGGGAUUUAACACUUGGUGAAUUACUUAAGUAUAAGUCUGAAGAAGGGGUGAGAGUUUUAUUGCUCGUUUGGGAUGAUAAAACUUCCCAUGAUAAGGUCUUCUUCAAGUCGACCGGAGUAAUGAUGACUCAUGAUGAGGAAACAAAGAAGUUUUUCAAACAUUCUUCUGUCAUGUGUGUUUUGGCACCUCGCUAUGCUAGCAGUAAGAUGAGCUUCAUUAAGCAACAGGUUGUUGGAACUGUCUUCACACACCACCAAAAAUGUGUUAUCGUGGACACACAGGCUUCUGGUAAUAACAGAAGGAUAUCCACUUUUAUAGGAGGUCUUGAUUUGUGUGAUGGUCGCUAUGACACACCCGAGCAUCGACUUUUUCGUGACCUCGAUACUGUAUUUGCUGGUGAUUUCCACAAUCCUACAUUUCCUUCUGGAACAAGGGCUCCUAGACAACCGUGGCAUGAUUUGCACUGUAGAAUUGAUGGACCUGCUGCAUAUGAUAUUCUUAUUAAUUUUGAACAAAGAUGGAGAAAAGCAACUAAGUGGAAAGAGUUUGCAUUUCUUUUUAAAAAAGCUUCUCAAUGGAAUGACGAUGCUUUAAUAAGAGUAGAACGCAUCUCAUGGAUAUUAAGUCCUUCUCAUCGUACCUCAAAGGAUGAAUAUACAACUGUUCCAGGGGAUGAUCCUUUAGUAUGUGUUUCGAAAGAAGAUAAUCCUGAAAACUGGCAUGUCCAGAUCUUCCGCUCCAUUGAUUCAGGAUCCUUGAAAGGAUUUCCCAAACGUGUUGAUGUUGCUCUAUCCCAGAAUCUCAUUUGUGCUAAAAAUUUGGUUAUAGACAAAAGCAUUCAAACAGGAUACAUCCAAGCUAUCAGAUCUGCUCAACAUUUCAUUUAUAUUGAAAACCAAUACUUCAUCGGAUCUUCAUAUGCAUGGCCAUCUUACAAAGAUGCAGGGGCUGAUAAUCUUAUCCCAAUGGAAUUGGCACUGAAAAUUGCUAGUAAAAUCAGAGCUAAUGAGAGAUUUGCUAUUUAUAUUGUUUUACCGAUGUGGCCAGAAGGUGAUCCCAAAUCUGGAGCUGUGCAAGAAAUUCUUUUCUGGCAGGCUCAGACAAUGCAAAUGAUGUAUACUGUCGUUGCUAAAGAAUUGAAAUCAAUGCAACUUAAUGAUGUGCACCCACAAGAUUACCUCAAUUUCUAUUGCCUUGGAAACCGAGAACAUUUCAAUGAAGAAAGCUCAGGCACAAAUGGUGCACCGGUCUCUGGAGCAUAUAAAUAUCGCCGAAAUAUGAUUUAUGUGCAUGCCAAGGGGAUGAUUGUGGAUGAUGAAUAUGUUAUAGUGGGAUCGGCCAACAUAAACCAAAGAUCUAUGGCUGGUACUAAAGAUACUGAGAUAGCUAUGGGUUCAUAUCAACCUCAUUACACAUGGUCUGCGAGGAAAAGACAUCCACAUGGACAGAUUUAUGGUUAUAGAAUGUCACUUUGGGCAGAGCAUCUUGGCAUGUUAGAUGAAACUUUUAAAGAACCAGAGAGUUUGGAGUGUGUACAGAAAGUGAAUGAAAUUGCAAACAAUAAUUGGCAAAUUUACUCUUCAGACGAAUUGUCACUUAUACAGGGACAUCUACUUAAGUAUCCUGUAAAAAUUGAUUCUGACGGGCUGGUCAGCUCAUUACCCGACUGUGACAGUUUCCCAGAUGCUGGUGGUAAGAUAUUGGGGGCUCAUUCCGCCACAAUUCCAGAUAUCCUAACAACGUAA